CAUGAUUUCCAUCAUCAGCACCCCCACUAUAAAAAUUGCAGCAUCCCUGAAGAUGUAUAAAUGCAAAGGAUGAGUUAUUAGAGGCACUCAGGUGGUCUGGAUCAGAGUAGGCAGGCUCCCCACGGGGCGGGAGUGGAAAGGGGCCCUAACAAAAGCAGCCUGGGGUAGCGUCCAGAGAUGGCCCUUCCAGAUGUGCCACAUGUUUAAUGUAUUGUGGACUGGAACCUGCCCCACUGAACGCGAGCGAUGGGGAAACAAUCACAGGCGAGGGCUAUGCGUAGCUACGUUUCCCCCGCUCCUUCCUUUUUCUCUGUGUCGACCAACCGCAGCAAGAGGGUGCGCGCGCCUCAAACCCUCUACCCGCGCAGUUGAGCGCGAGCUGUUCCCACUGCCAGCGGCGGUUGGGCAGUUGCGAUCGUUGGGUCUGUCAGGCCGGGCGCGCGCGUAGUCACUUGCGCCGCAGACGCUUCAAUCGUAGGCGGGGGCGCGCGCGGUCGUUCAUCACCCGGCGCCUGCGCGGAUGGGCCCAUUUCCCCCCCUUCUACAGAGAGAGGAACUUAUGCGCAUGCGUUUUCUACCUUCCUUCUCUGUUUGUGGUGGUGCCUGCUGUUCCCUCCCCCACCUCGGGUCAGGUAGCCGCUACUGAAUGACAGUAAUCCAGACCGGGUGAGCUGCAGCGGCGGCGGCCCCGAGCGCGGGAGCCCGCCUGGCGGACGGAGUGAUUCCUUCCCCGCUCCGUCUCCUUCGCAGGAUUCAGAGAACAGGAGUGGUUCAUGUCCAGAGUGAAGACGUGCUCCCAGACACUUCUGUCUUACAUCUUAUCUGAUGCAGUGGGGUCCAAGGGAUGUACCAGUCUUCAGGCGAUGGAAGUGGGGAAAUCACUGGGUGCUGGAGCACCAUGAGGAGAAUUCAGGAAUGUGGGAGAGGUGCAUCAAAGCAGCUACUGGAUUAUUGUGCCAACAAGUAGUAAAACAAGCACAUUCACAGGAAUGAUUACUCUGUUGCCUUGGAAAUGAAGUGACUACCCUGCUGCUGUAAAUGUAGGGCAGAAGAUCAAUGGUGUGGGCAGUAUGGAGCUAAUGAAUGGGCAGUUGAGCAAUGUUAAUAUUGCCGCUACUGCUUCAGAGAAGAGUAGCAGCUCUGAAUCCUUAAGUGACAAAGGUUCUGCUGAACUGAAGAAAAGCUUUGAUGCAGUGGUAUUCGACGUUCUCAAGGUUACACCAGAAGAAUACGCCGGUCAGAUAACACUAAUGGAUGUCCCAGUAUUUAAAGCUAUUCAGCCAGAGGAAUUGUCAAGUUGUGGGUGGAAUAAGAAAGAGAAGUACAGUUCUGCUCCAAAUGCAGUUGCCUUCACAAGAAGAUUCAACCAUGUAAGCUUCUGGGUCGUUAGAGAGAUUCUUCAUGCACAAACUUUAAAAAUAAGAGCUGAAGUUUUGAGCCACUAUAUUAAAACUGCUAAGAAACUUUAUGAGCUGAAUAACCUGCAUGCCCUUAUGGCAGUGGUGUCUGGAUUGCAAAGUGCCCCCAUCUUCAGGCUGACUAAAACUUGGGCGUUAUUGAGCCGAAAAGACAAAACUACCUUUGAAAAGUUGGAGUAUGUUAUGAGUAAAGAAGAUAAUUACAAACGACUUAGAGACUAUAUUAACAGCUUGAAGAUGACUCCUUGUAUUCCUUAUUUAGGUAUUUAUCUCUCGGACUUGACGUAUAUUGACUCCGCAUACCCAUCUACAGGGAGCAUUCUGGAAAGCGAGCAGAGAUCAAAUUUAAUGAACAACAUACUUAGAAUAAUCUCAGAUUUUCAGCAGUCCUGUGAAUAUGAUAUUCCUCUGUUGCCUCAUGUCCAAAAAUACUUGAACUCAGUUCAAUACAUAGAAGAGCUACAAAAGUUUGUGGAAGAUGACAAUUACAAGCUUUCAUUAAAGAUAGAGCCAGGAACCAGCACCCCUCGUUCUGCUGCUUCCAGAGAAGAUUUAGUAGGCUUUGAAGUGGGAGCAUCUCCACAAAGUGCACGGAAAAAUGUUGCAGCUGAAGGAGCAUUGCUCCCACCAACUCCCCCAUCACCUAGGAACCUGAUACCACAUGGGCAUAGGAAAUGUCACAGCUUGGGUUACAAUUUCAUACACAAAAUGAAUACAGCAGAGUUUAAAAGUGCAACAUUCCCCAACGCAGGACCAAGACACCUAUUGGACGACAGUGUCAUGGAACCUCAUGCCCCAUCCAGAGGGCAAGCAGAGAGCUCCACCCUUUCGAGUGGAAUUUCAAUAGGUAGCAGUGAUGGUUCAGAACUUAGUGAAGAGACUUCAUGGCCAGCAUUUGAAAGGAACAGAUUAUACCAUUCUCUCGGUCCGGUGACAAGAGUGGCACGAAAUGGCUAUCGAGGCCACAUGAAGGCCAGCAGUUCUGCAGAAUCUGAAGAUUUGGCUGUUCAUUUGUAUCCAGGAGCAGUUACUAUUCAAGGUGUUCUCAGGAGGAAGACUUUAUUGAAGGAAGGCAAAAAGCCUACCGUAGCAUCUUGGACAAAAUACUGGGCAGCACUGUGUGGAACCCAGCUUUUUUACUAUGCUGCAAAGUCUCUGAAGGCUACAGAGAGAAAACAUUUCAAAUCUACACCAAGUAAAAAUGUGUCAGUGGUAGGAUGGAUGGUGAUGAUGGCUGAUGACCCAGAACAUCCUGAUCUCUUCUUGCUGACUGAUUCUGAAAAGGGAAAUUCAUACAAGUUUCAAGCUGGUAACAGAAUGAAUGCAAUGCUGUGGUUCAAACAUCUGAGUGCUGCUUGCCAAAGCAACAGACAACAGGUUCCUGCCAACUUGAUGUCUUUUGAGUAAAAAGCUAAUUCAAAACAUGAAAGAGAACAAUUUGAUGAACUGUUUCUCAUAAUUUGAGCAUGACGUCCUGAAGAAAGCGUGCCAGCUAUAAAUUUAUUUCUGAGCCAGAACAGAACCUAAAGACUCAAUCUCUAAACGCUGGAGUACUAACAGUUUGGGGAAUGGAUUCCCUUGAGUGAAAAAUGGAGUUGCACCAUGAACUGCCAUGGACCAUGCUUCUUAAUAUUUUCUGAACUGACCUGUGGAAACCACUGCCUUAAAGAGUGAAAGGAAAACCAACAUGCAACACCAAAUAGUGUGUGUGAAACUUAUGGCGGUGCUGUGCUUGGGUUAAAUAGGUUGUAGCUAAUUUGCAUUUCUUUUAACUUUAUACUAAUUUGGGGGGGGGGAAAUCACCUUUUUAGUAUUCUUUAAAAAGGGUAUAACCAUAUUUCUUAAGGGUUGCAUCAACAGCUGGGUUUAGACUAAGGACAUAACGGUACUUACACAUUCUAGGGAUGGUGUUUAGACUAUACUAGCAGCCUUCAAUUGGAGCUUCUCUCAUGCUCACUUGAUCUGGAGCAUCAUUAGUUUUCUCAGACCUAGACUAUGAGAGCUGUAACAAAUGCAACGUUUUUUGUUUUGUUUGUUUGUUUUAAGUACUAAACUUGGUAACCUUAGUACUGUAUAGGAACCUUACUUCCUGCCAGUGGCACAAAGGCUGAGUGUUUGUACAGCACACUUUUUCUUGUAAGCAGGAUCGUGAUACAUGCUUGUCUAGUUCCUGGUUGAAGAAUAGUCUGUUUUGGGUUUUUUAAGUGGGAGCUGUGAGGUGUCAUCAGGUCAGAACUGAGUGUUUCCUUCCCAUUGUGUUUCUACACUGGUUACUUUCCUCCAUGUGAUGGUUCCACUACACAACAAACACUGGAUAUAGCUCACAGAGAUGUUUUACUUCUCUGGAGGGAUGUUCCCCUAGGUACAGUUAAAGGGAGGGAAAAGCAGAAGACCCUCUCUCAGGGUAAAAUGCUUCAGAGUAUCAGUUUUAUAAGACCUCUUUUUUACAGUGUUUGAGAGAGACAAUCUCAGAGUUUCCAUAUUUUCAUUUUGAAAAAAUGGUUUUAAUUAUCUGUAUUGUUCAAGAUUUAGGAGCUCGAACUAUGUUUGCAAUUCCUAGAGAAGUUUAAUCUAGGAAAGAAAAAUAGGGUGGACUAGAUAAUCAAAACCUUUUUCCUAUAUAUGAGUAAUUCUUUGUCACUAAACGUACUUCCUCAAAAAAUUUAAAAUCCCAAACUGGAGGACAAAUUUGCUGUGUUCUAUGCAUUAAAUUUUCAUUCAUGCCUUAUUUUGGGUUCUUUUAAGUUACUUCAUUAUAGUCUCUUGUACACAAAGCCCUAUUUAACAUUCGGAACAUUGAUCUUUAUAAAUAUGGAAGAAAUUCUAAUAGUGUCGAGGAAAACUUCUUGAAAAAGUGGUAGAUAUUCCACUGAGAUUGUAAUUCAAAAGCAGUAAAUAAGCUUACAGUUGCACCCCUAGACUUUCUAAAACUAUCCAGUAGUCUGAGGUAAUGAGUUCUCUUGAUAAUCUUAAAAAAAAAAAAAAAAAAAAAAAAUUACAGAGGUGGUAAUUUGUUUGGUAAUGUACACUUCAUUUAUUAAAUCAGGGUAAUGGGAUAGAGUUUCAGACAUUAAAGUUCCCAGAAUCAAUAUCGCAUUUUCUUAACAGAAAUCAUUAGUUUUUGACUGAGGCAGAGGAGGAAGGUUGCUGUCCCUACUGAGAGAACAAACUAGCAUAAAGAGAGAACCAUUCUUGGGGAGGAGAGAGGUGGAAAGUUGGGGCGUUUCCAAAUGUUACUCUGUGAAAUCUGUUUUUAGUAUAAAGAGGAUAUAGUAGAUGCACACUUCUGUGUCACACUUACACAAUUUGGUAUCACUUUGUAUAUCUUUUUCUGUGGAGAGUGAAUAAUCAGUUCUGAUCCUGAAGUAGUAUAUCCUGAAAGGAGGUUGCUCGUGACGAAUCACUUUUCAGUUCAAACAUCACUUAACCCAUGUUGGGUGUAUAGCAGAGACAACAUCUUCAUAGCCAACAGUAUUACUGUAAUAGAUUUUGCACAGCUUUAGUUUUUGUUUUGCAUUUUUAAAUUACUUAGUGUGUGUUUCUUCUCAAAAGUGUUUUUAACAAAAUGUGUGUACUUUUUUUAAGCAUUGUGUAUGGUAACCCUGUGGAUUUUGAAUUUUUUUUAAUAAGCUAAUUUAGAUGCAUUGCAGGUUAACUAUAUCUAUUCUUAUGUUAGUGAGAGGAAACAUGAAACUGGGAGCCACAGCCUGACAUCACACAGCUUUGCUAAAGACAGAGUCGGGUCAGAAGGUGUUGUUUUUGUUCUUUGAAUUUAUCCAGAUGUCUUUUCUUCUGUUUUUAUGGUAUAUAGAGUAAGAUGGGGAAAGCAGUGCUGAGCCCUUGUCAAUAGUCAUCAUUAGAUGAACUGUUGCCUGUAGCUGCUCUCUGCCUAUUUAGACAUCAUAUAUCAUUUUGAUCUUUAUUUUUCUAGCCUCAAAUAUCUCAUUUUUCGUGGGAGAACUGUUGGGAAGCCUCUUAAAAUGUUUAGCAAGAAUAAUAAGAGAAACAAUGAUUAAUGAAAAAAAAUUUAGAUACUUAGUACCAGAAGUUCAAUAUCUAGUUCUGUUUUAUCCCGUAUUAGUGUUUGUGACAAUCUGAAGUAUUACUGGAAUUAAGACUUUACAUCUUUUGAAUUGGAAGAUUAUUAGGGAAAAAUGAUUUUUUUUUCUCUCCUGAGAGGAAACCUGUCACAGAAAGCUUAAAUUGAAUGACAACUCAAAUCAACUAUGAAGAGCACAGUAAUCCACCUCUCUAUAAAAAGUAAUAGUUAAACAAAACGUUUGAAGUAGUAAUGGGAAAACAAUACAGCAGCCAGAUAUAGAUAGGUAAGGAUGCACUAUCCAGAAUGUCAGCCAGUUGAUUGUGUUUGUCAUUGGUUUAUCUUGCAAUGUUUUUCUUUAGUUUUUACUUUCAGUAGCUGUUGAAAUUUUGCAGCUAACGUUCAUAACUUUAUUUUGUUGUAUUUAUAUCUUUAGUUGAAAGAGGUCUCUUGAGAUGUCUUGUAGAACAAAAGAUCCAUUAUUACAGGAAUGUGGACAAAAAUAGUUCAGAGUAGAUCUUCCUGGCUGGGUUAUAUGUAAAUCAUCUGCUGACUGGUAUACUACAAAGCCACUUUUUUCACAGUUCACUUCCUACAAGAUUUUUAGUUUAAACCCCAACAGAGAGAAUCCACCCAGUUUAGAGAAUUAUUUGUGGUGAUACUAAAUGUAGUGCACUUCUAAUACAUCUCUGGCUAUCGUAAAUUGAAGUACUAAAUGCUAACUUAAUGUUAGCUUUCUAACUUAAUGUUAUUUCUUUAUAACUUCUGCUACAUUUAAUCAAAUGCCUUCCAUUUCAGUGUUCUUAAAGAGCUAAUGUUAGUCACAAUUGAUUUUACAAAAUGGGAUCUAUACAAUUUGAGUUAAUCUAAGCAUGUGCUUCAUUUUACUAACCAUUUCUUGUGGAAAAUGCUGUUGAAACAUUGCCCAAGUUACUCUGAUUCAAUGUGCAUUUGAGUUAAGUAUGUACCACCUGGUUUUAAUACCCAACUUUUAACCUCUCCUACAAGGAACUUUUCCAAGAGUCUAACAAGUAGAUACCACUUCUGUAAGUUCUGAAAAGGAAAAAGCUCACUAUGCUGAAAAUCGUGGCAGGGCGAUCUUCACUGCCUCAAUUCUACACUCUCUCAUGUGGCCCUUUUGGGGAAUUGACUAUUUGUUAACUUUCCCUCUCAGAACUCAGAUGUGUUAUAGAAGAAUUUGCAGCAACAUUGUUGCUGCUAGCAGAACAUUUACUACUGAAAAUGAAAACAUAAGAAACAAACUAUCAAGGAAACACAAAAGAAUGCAGCACCGUUGCACCAGUUUAUUUUUGUUGAUUGACGUUAACUAUGUAGUUUAAUGCUAGUUUCCUUGCCACAUUUUAAGUGCGCUUAUUUGCAAUUAAAUUUUUAGAAGAACAUACUCUUCCACUGUUAAUGAGAAAUGAAGGCAGGUUGUCAACUGGAAGAUGCUUUCCCUUCCAACAGAAGUAAAUGUAGCUUUGUGUUGCUAAGGCACUGUGGGCCUUUUGGUAAAAGGAAAAUUGGUUGGUGAUGUUUUUCUGGCUCCUGCAGUGGCAUUUUUCUUCAUUCUCCUUCUCUGGUAUUUUCAUUCACAAGCAUUAGAAGUCCUAAUCUUUUCACAGCCAUUUUAGUGUACUGCCUGCUCUAAGCUUCAAAACACUAGACCUGGUAGUAAAUCACACCAAUGAGUUGUUUAUUCUUGCUACGAGGUCAACUUUUAAAAGCGUUGUUAUUUAAAUACUGACCCUUUCUUUUUUUCCUUUGCCUUUCCCUAAAAAUGGCUUGUGUCUAAAGUAAAUUUGGUGUUUGGGAGAGUUGUUAUUGAAGGAAUCUGUAUAAAUGAAUGCUGAACUUCUUCAGUGGGUACAACUGAACUUCUUUUUGGUCAUCAUCCAAACUUUUGUGGGGAGGCAGACACUUGGAUCUGAGAGAGACUGGUCAGUGCCUUAUUGUCAGUUUGAAGUCCAGUUCUGUUAUUCUAGAGCUGAAAAUACAAUAGUAACCAUUGGACCGAAUUACUUUCCCUGAUUUCUGUAUUGUGUACCCUCUUUUCCAACAUUUUUACUUUUCUAACAGAGGAAUUAGUCAAUUUUGGUCUGUGUAAGAUAGCUAUGAUUUAAAUUACUAAACUGUUUUUCUAGCUUUGGUAAUUUUUUUAGCAGAAGCAGCCAUUGACAGAUUUGUCUGCAGCUUUUAUCAGAACUGUCUAAACCAUCUUGUAACAAUUUUUCUUUAAAAUAUGAAACAUUUGGAAUGUCAAGCCUAAGAGGGGGAAAAAAAGCAACAAGAAUAAAUAAGGAUCAGAGGGCAUUCCGAGUAAUUUCUAGUGUUUGUGAACUUUAGUUCCCCUAGCUAAAAAUGAGGAUUCUCUCUUCCUUUUUAUUCCUUUGAAACACUCUACUGUACAAAUGUGAAAGGACUAUACCUAGCAACCUUUUUGUUAAUUUAGAAUAAAUAUCAAGGAGAAACUUAAAAAAAAACUAGGACAAACUGUAUAUUGUAACUUUUCUUGAAGUACUUUAAGCAUAUUUGUGCAGAGGUUGUUUGUUCUAUUUCUGGUGUCAUACCAUCUAGUGAAAACUAAGUUUGCCUACAAGAGAUUUGUGAGCUUUGAAGCAUUAAGCUUUGAAGCACAUAGCUUUGGAUGGAGAAAUUGAUUAAUAAGCUUUCACAGGUUGAGUUUUUUUUAAGCAAUGAAAGCCACAUACAAUAGAAUAUUCGUUUUCCUCUAAGACGUUGUGAUAGAAAACAGAGCAUUUCCUCUGCGGUGUUUUUUACUUCAGAUGUUUGAAAGGAAAAGCAUAACCUAGCACAGAAAUAAUCAACCUUAAAGGGUUCUUCAGUGACAAUUGAAAGGAUUAGCCCAAGGUGAAGAAAGCAGAGUUUUGAGUCUAGCCAUGCAUGUUACAGAACAGAGUUGAGGAUUUUUCUCAAGGACUAUUACUAUAAAAAAGUGCCACAAUGAGAUGGAGGCUUUUGCAGACCAGACCAUGGGAGCUAAUUGCUGGAGCUUUUCCUCAAACAGCCAGGAGUAACAUAAACAUUCAGUUUCUUCUGUACACUUGAUUAGUAUCAAAUUUACCUUAGUGGAAGAGGGAUGUGGCCUCCAAUUCCUCAGCAAAGCUCUUGCCAUUCCAGAACUGCUCCCAAAUAUGGUCCAAAAGUAGUAAAAGUUGACUAAUUAAAUAGGGAAAGAAAGGAUCUUUACAGUUCACCUGUUUACAGAGCCCUUGACUCCUUGCAUACAGAUAAAUACACCCAUUCAAGCCCUACUUUAGUAGUGCAGAGAAUGGGGAAAUCAUACAAUCUAUAAUAAUCCAGGAAGAAAAAACAGAUUGUUUAUAUGAUAAACACAAGCCAUUUUUAAUGUUAUUCUUCCAUGUUGACUUGAGAUGCUAUAGUGAUAGUAAUUGCACUAUGACCUCUAUGAGUGAUGUGCAGUUAGACUGUCCUCUAGCCUUUUUUCUUCUAUUUUUUUAAAUACUUUAGUGUGGGCGUGUGUGAAAUUGUGUGUUUGCAUAAGCUAGUUUAAAAUUACUUUAAGUAUGGAUUUCAGAAAUCUUUCCUACUGAAAUAAAUGAUUUAAAAUGUG